AUGACUAGAUAUCGUGGAAUCAUAACCAUAACACUAUCUACUUGCUACGAUUCCUUUCUACAUCAUAUUUCUUCUUCGCUAUUCCACCCAUUAUCAAGUAUCGUUCACCUAGGUCAUACAUAA